UCGUGCUCAUACUUCUAGACCGACACCGUCUCUCUCUCUCUCUCUCUCUCUCCAGCAUCGAAGAUCAGUGCUGGUUAGCAUAGUGUCGGAAUAGAUUCAAAAUGGCUAGAGGGUUGAAGAAGCAUUUGAAGAGGCUUAAUGCCCCUAAGCAUUGGAUGCUGGACAAACUUGGAGGAGCAUUUGCUCCCAAGCCAUCAUCUGGACCUCACAAAUCUAGGGAGUGUUUGCCAUUGAUUCUCAUCUUGAGAAACAGGUUGAAAUAUGCUCUCACUUACCGUGAGGUCAUUGCCAUUUUGAUGCAACGGCAUGUUCUAGUUGAUGGAAAGGUCAGGACUGAUAAAACAUACCCUUCAGGAUUCAUGGAUGUUGUCUCCAUUCCCAAAACAAAUGAGAACUUCCGUCUCCUUUAUGAUACCAAAGGUCGGUUCCGUCUCCACUCAAUAAGGGAUGAAGAGGCUAAGUUUAAGCUCUGCAAAGUUCGAUCUGUGCGGUUUGGGCAGAAAGGUAUCCCAUACCUAAACACUUAUGAUGGGCGGACCAUCCGCUACCCUGACCCACUUAUCAAGGCCAAUGACACCAUCAAGCUUGACCUCGAGAGCAACAGGAUCACCGACUUCAUCAAAUUCGAUGUGGGGAACGUGGUCAUGGUGACCGGAGGGAGGAACAGGGGACGUGUUGGAGUCAUAAAGAACAGGGAGAAGCACAAGGGUACCUUUGAGACUAUCCACGUCCAGGAUGCUACUGGGCAUGAAUUUGCAACUCGUUUGGGCAAUGUGUACACCAUUGGCAAGGGAACAAAACCAUGGGUAUCACUUCCUAAGGGCAAGGGUAUCAAGCUGUCUAUUAUUGAAGAGGCUAAGAAGAGGCUUGCAGCUCAAGCAGGAGCUACUGCCUAAAAUCUGGUAAUAACAUCAUGCGAUGUUAAGGAGUUGGAGUAGGCACUUUAUGAUUUUGUAACUGUUGUGCUCAAAAUUCUGGAUUCUGUUGUGGUUUUAUCAGAUGCUGACUUCCCCCCUUCUCUCUUUCUCUCUUCUUUUCUCUGGUUAUGUUGAGCUGAAAUACUUUGCUUGGUUCACUUCUUUUUUUGUUCUAGCAAUAAUGGUGUUUUUUCAGCACUGCUAGUGUGUUCUUUCUGAAUGUAUGGUGGUAGUUGCAGCAUCUGCAACCCAUAUAUUAACCUUCGAAUGUUUGGCCAUCGAAGGUGUAGGCUAUGUGGAAAGAGCACCCAGUGGGCAAAUUUGAACCAGUCAUUCAACAUUGUAGUUUCACAAGGGGAAUGCCUCCAAGCAUGUGGUCGUUGCUUCCAGAUAAGCAAAUUCAACCACCAUAAGGGUUUGCUAUCCGGUCUUGACUGAGUCAUAAAUCUGAGAAUAUGAGUGUGCUAUCAGAGGCACAUACUGAACAAUCAGCUCUACAAGAAUGCACAACCCUUGUGAUCAGCUGGGACUUAGACAAGGUUUUUUUUUUUUGUUUCAGAGAACAAACUGUUCGUCAUCUUUAGUUUCUAAGCCUGGCGAUGAUACGCUCAUAGAAGACCUCAUUUGAGAGAGGUCGGAGUAGUUGAAAACUUACGAUGAGAUAACUGUGCCACCAGUUUAAACAUCAUUUCAACAGAUCCGAAGUCACCGUCUCCUCUGCUAUGGCCAUGCAAACUUGUUGAUUGGCAUGACUCAUGAAGUUGAGCUAAAUUAGUUUUAUUUGUUGCUAUUAUUUUGGAUUAUGACUAUUUCUUCAUGCUAUUUUUUAGGCACUUGGCAGAUUUUUUAUUUAUCUUGUAG